CUGUUAGUCUGCUCAUAAUUUGGCUUUCAGGAUGACUCUAAAGUGGCAGUGCUGAAGGCUUUAGAAUCAGAAACAGCUUACAGAAAAGGAAAGGGCCAGAAGACUAAGCCUUUGAUGCAAAUAAUUAAGCUUGAAGAUGAUGGGAAUUUUGGGAGACUUCUUUCUUCUGCACCAGAGUCGGCACCAAAAUUGGUUGCAAUUGAGAAAGAUGAACAUAUUGUGAACAUGGCUAUUGUUUGUGAUGGUACACACAUUCUUCUAGAGACAGAUGAUUCAAUAGAGGCCAUAGCUGUGUUGAUUGGUUUGUAUUACCUUGCAGACCUAGAUUAUCCAAAGGCAUAUUCACAGGUGCUUGGGUUCCUUCAGCAAACUGUACUUCAGCAGCAGUUUGAUGGGCAUAAGAGCUAUGGAUUUGUUCAAUAUUUAAAGAGACUGAACAUGGAGAUGGAAAGAAAAGAAAAACAGCCAAUGUGACUUAAGUGAUCCAGCCAUCAUAAAGUGAAAAUUUGAACUUUACUUUCAUUUGGAUAAUUAUCAGUUUACACUGUUCAUUAUGUUUUACUGUUCAGCACUGAGAUAAGUCAAGCACGCUGUCUUACAUACAGCUCUUGUUGGACUUGGGUUAAUAUUAUAGCAAUGUUGGAAAUUUGUGUGCAAUUUUAAGUACUUUCAUAGUUUAUUGUAGGAAUGGCAACAAAUGCUGUUUUGGUAUUUGAAUAUUUGUAUGGAGCAUUCAAAUGAAAUCCAAUAUUUGAAUAUUCGUAUAAAAAUUU